AUGGGAAAUAUCAUCAGUGGUUCUUCGUCCAACACCGCCACCUCUUACAAAUGUGAUAUUGGGGAUAGAACAAUGGAAAGUAAAAGUGCUUUAAGUGAAAGUAACAAAGAUUUUUUAGAAGAACAAUUCCAUGAUACUGUAAGUGAAGAUGAGGAACGAGCAAAAGUUAAAGAAGAAGAAAUGAAUGAAUUUAAGAAAGAACUAAGUCUGAAGCGAGAGCAAAGACGCGAAAUAUUAGCUAAACAUAAAUCUGAUAAGUUAAGGUUAGAAAACGCACUGGAAGAAGAAAGAAAGUCAAAAUUGGAGCUUUAUGAACAAAAUAGACAUCUCAGAGAUAUCCUACUUAGGAAUGAUAUUGAGAUACCAGAGAAUCUACCAAAUUAUAAAGAAUAUUCAAUGUUUAAAGACACACUCGAUCAAUUGACGCAGGACAUGGAAAACCAAAGAGCUAAUAACGUUAAACUCAGAUGUGAUCUAGCCAGUUCCCACAGUGCGUUACAAGCAGCGUUUUCCGAAAUGGCGGAUUUAAGUGCUCAGAAUACAGAAUCUUUAAAGCAAAUAAAAGCCUUGAAAGAAGUGGUUGCUGUAAGCAAAACAUUAAUUUCAUUACGUGAAGAUCAACUCACUGAGUUAAAAAAUAAAUUGACUGAAAUCGAGCAGUCUCUCGCUGAUAGAGAAGCAAGCAUGCUAUCUACAGAUCUACGACAAGAGUACGAACGUCAGCUGCAAAAUAUUAGAACUUUGCGAGGGCUUUAUGAGGAGCGUGCGCGAUUAGCAGAAGUAACAAGACAGGCGCUUGUAAGGGAAUUGGACGACCAAAAAUCGCUAUAUCAAGCAGAAAACACAAGAUGUACUCAACUUAAUUCUGAAGUGGAAGAAUUGAAAGAGAAAGUGUCUAAACUGGAAGAAGAAAUCGACGUUAAGAAUUACGAAAUCUCUGCUUGUAAAGAGGAAUUAGAAGUAACGAAGUCAGAAAUGUUGGUUGUUAACAAGCUAUUCUCGCAAGUAAUCCUAGGUUAUAAGUCUAAAAAAGACCUAGAUCAACUAGUGACGAGAUUGGAAGAGAAUCACGGUAUUUUAAUCCACAUGGCAGAACAAGAGAAAGGGUCUGACAUCUCUUCGGCAUUACCGAAAUUACUUCUAGAGUUGGUUAAUCAAGUUGAUGAUAUUAACGAGUCUGAAACCAAACAACUGAUAUCAGAAGUUAACGAGAAAGGCGAAGAAGUUCAAGAACCCAAUAAAGCCGAGGAAAUUGUCCAAAAUCUUCCAAAAGUUUGGAAAGUUCUAAUAGAGCUUUUAAGCCACCAAACGAAAUCAACAACGAACGAAGCCGAGAAAGUUACUACAUGCUACAAGUCUGUGGAAACUAAAUCUGGGCCAGUCCUUGUACCCAGUGUUAGUCAGACGUAUAUUAGAUUAAAGGACUUGAUCAUCGAAAAACUUAGUCUUAUAAAAGAGGUCAAUCGUAUGAAGCAACUCAACACUCAUUUGGAAACGAGGUUGCAAGAACAAGAAAAACGUCUAUGUCUUGUUACAACUGAACUUAGUAAGACAUGGCACGUAGUAGGCCGAUUGCGCAAGCAUCAUCAUCAACUUCACACUCAUGAGAAAAUACUCAAAUACGAAUUGCAGCAAAAACGUAAACUGUUGAAUGAAUUAAAAGAAGAACUUGAAUACUGCAGAGAAAAGUGGGAGCAAGCAAGAGAAAAGAAUACUCAAACAGAACAAGACUGGAAAAAACUCAGAGCAGAGUUUUCUAGUAGAAAGUUAAAAGACUCGACCACUUUCAGUCAUUCUGCUGAAAGUGGCUACAGUGAUGAGAGACCGUCAGAGGAAUCAUCAGAAUCAAAUGAUGAAAGUGAAUAUAUUCCCGAUUCAAAGCUAAAAAGCAGAAAAAAUAAAAAGUCGUUUGAAGCAGCAGUAGAUUCAAGUGCAGAUCUAAAUUUAGCUGAAAGAGAAGAUCCCGUGAGUGAUAUGAUUGAUGUCGCUGAUCUUUCUUUGGAUACACAAGAUGAGAGUCAUGAAAUUUAUGAUGAUUCCUGUAAUAGUGAGGUGUUAAAAAGCGAUAGGAUUUGCGACGAAACGGAAGACGAAGCGAUUGACAUUUGUAAUGAUUCCUCUCAUGAAGAGUUUUCCACGGCGGAAUCUAGUUCAGAUUUAUUAAAUACUGAUGGAAUACUAAAGGAUGAAGACAAAACUUCAAGACACUUUGAAGAAGUAUUUACAUCACAGGGUCAAUCGACACAGCCUCAAACAUCUGUUGAUACAAAUCAGGCACAUAUAGAUGAAGUAACUCAACUUGAAGAAGAACCAGAAAAUAAAUAUAAAGAUAUAUUAAAAAGUAUAAAGCAGCAGGAUCAACGUCUUCACCUAAAAGAUAAAAGGUUAGAUGAACUAGAAACUAACUGUACAGCAGUCGUAACAAAUAUAACGAAUACCCUAAAUGAAGGACAAGCUAUUACUGAAAAGUUAGAUGCGUUACAUGAAAAAUAUGGUAAUAAAUCACCUUUGAUUGCGCAAGACAAUAAUGAAGGCACUGAGGCAGGGGCUUCAACAAGUAAUCCUGAUGUUGAUUUGAAAAGCAUUUUAGAGGAUAUUAAAAAGCAAGAUGAAUAUCUAGCAAAAAAAGAUGAAAGACUUCUCAAUUUAGAAACUGGUUGUUCAGAAGUAGUUGCAAAUAUACAGACAGUCGUUGAUAACAGCGAUGAACUUUUAAAACAGAUAAAUACCGUUCACAAGCAUUACAAUACGGAGGACAAAGUUGAAGAGCCAAAUGAGAAUAAAACACUAACAGAAGCUUCAACGUCCAACGAUCAUGAAGCGAGAUUUGCAGCACGAGAUCUCCGAUUAAAAAGACUAGAGGAACAGACGAAGUCUCUUGUAAAUAAAGUCAACGAUACGACCACAAAGGGUGUAAAAAUACAUUAUAAAUUGGAAGAACUGCACAAUAUUUACGGAUCUGAACAUUCGCGUUCCGGUACUCCUUCUGAGGAAACAGGUGAAACACAAAGCAAUGGCGAUGAAAAGGAAAGCGAAAAUAAUUAA